UAUUGAUCUGUUCGUAUUUUAAUACAAACAUCAAAAACAAAAUGUUUAAAAUGAAUGUUUCUUUAACUUUCGAAGUACUACUAUAUUUAAAUUCAUAUUAUUUUGGUUUAUUUGCAGUGUGUGAAAUAGGUAUGAUAUCGGUAAAAUAUUUUAGUUUUAAUAGUCUUGACCAUUAUUCUACUGAUUUUGGUAUAUUUAUGGCUGUAUGUUUAAUAGAAAUAUUUAGAAUUUUAUUAGCAAGUAGAGGAAAUUUAACAGAAAAAAAGUGGCCCGUUAUUGUUGCCAUUUUAUUGACAAUUCCAUCAGUGUUAGGUGUGGUAUAUUUAAUGAUAUGGCAAAGUGAAAUACUACGUUUUGAAUAUGUUAUAUGUGGUAUGCAAUUGGGAUUUUGUGCUGCAGAAAUUGUUACCGGCAUAUUGUGUUUAUUUUCCUGUUGCCAAACUCCAGAAUAUUAUUAA